CGCUUUGUGUAUCAAUCUAAUUACUGUCAAAGUGUUCCUCAGAUAUAUAAAUUAUUCAAUAGAAUAAAAUUUAAAUAAAUCAACUAUAGUAUUAUCAACAUAAAAUUGAAUGUGUUAUCAUGUAGAGGCAUAAACCUGCUGAUAAUAAUGUAAAUCCUGGCAUGUCAGGAAACAAACCUUUGAUUAAAAUCCUAUAGAAACUUUGCAAUGGACAGGUCCUCAGGUAAUAAUUCUCCUGAACAUCCCACAGGGGAACGCUGGGAUCCCCUGGGGGCCCCUGAUGAAAAUGAAGAUGAUAUGGGCUUUGACAAACUUAGUUUCUGUGAUGAACAUCACCAAUAUGCGGUUCAAAGGCUCCAGAGUAUGGAAGAUGAGGCUGAAGUGUUAAACUCCUCAUUGUUUGCUCUAACAACCCAUAUUGCUCAGGUCCAAUUCAGGUUGAGACAAGUGGUUGAUUCCCCAGCAGAAUGCAGAGAGGAACUAUUGAAAUCACUUGAAGAGUUUGCUUUCCGUGGUAUUCCAGAUGUUGGCCUAGUUAAAGAAAAAAUGGAUGAGGCUACCCUAACAGAGGCAGUAAGACUAAGACGCACCCAGCAAAGGGAGCUUAUAGACCAGUUAAAGAAUCAGUUAAGAGAAUUGGAACAAUAUGCAUUUGAUAAUGGAGAAGCUGGGGUUCCACAAGAUGUACUCUUGGAAAGACAGAGGGUUAUUUUGAAUGAGCUCAAAACAAGAAUGAAUUUGGAAUUGGAUGAGCAAAAUUAUUAUCAGAUGACUCCAGAAGGGGUAAAACAACAAAUAAAUUUAGCCUUAGACCAACUCAUAAGUCCAUUAAAAGUAAAAGAGCACCUCAUAGCCCAGCUUAAAACCCAAGUAGCAGAUUUGGAGCGUUUUAUUGGUUACUUGCAAAAUGAUGGUAGCAAGAAGCAAAAGAAGUGCAGUUGUGGUUGUUCAUAUCAUUCAGUAAAGCAACCGUUUCAUAGUGAAACCACCUUGGGACUGAUUCAGAAGACAGCUACCAUUUUGCAGAUGAUAGCUGUAAUGCAACUGGGAUGUGGAGUUAAAUCUCAUUUCAGGAAGAAUGAUUUAAAAAAUACUAUGAAAGUCAAUCAUUGGGGAGAUUUAAGAGCAAAACUUGAGAUGGCGAUAUCUAGAGUUAAAGAGUUGGCAGAGAGUAAUGAAUCUUAUAGCCCAUUACCAAGUCAAACUAAUUGUGAUUACACCAGUGAUUCAGAAGGCAUAUCAAUGUCAGCAUCUAAUGUUAAGAUCACCAAUGCAGUUCGUAAAUUAUUGGUUCCAUGUAUAAGAGAUUUGAUGCAGCAUGGUUCAUGUUCUAAUCAGAGCACUAGCUUAGUUCCUUUUAUUGGGUGUUUUGCACGAAGGACAUACUCAACUAAUCAGAUACAUGCUUGGCAACUCAUUCUAGAAUAUUAUCAUUUAAAAAAUGGGGAGAAAUACAACUCCACACCUGCAAGGAAAUUAUCACAAAGUUUUAACCUGGAUAUUGCUGGGGCAUCACCAAAUAGCAAUAAACACAAUAUGCUUUGUGCCAUCGGGACAAUCAUUUCUACACAUACUCCUUAUAAGAGAAGUUAUGAUUCCCAUUUUAAGGCCUUUAUAUGUGCUGCAUUAAAUGCUAAUAAACUUGUUCCUUGGUUAAACUUGCUAUUCACCUGCACCACUUUAAUCAAAGAGUAUUAUUUGCCUUGGAGUUAUGUGGUGAAAACAGGAUUUCAAGAUAGUCUGAAAAGUCUAGAUGUCUUGACAAAAUACAAGUUUGAUUUGCCUGUGGAUCUGGCUGUGCGUCAUUUUCAAAACAUCAAAGAUGUCUUUACAUGAUUAAGAAAAAGACUGUUUUACUGUUUAGCUAGUCAUUUAUUUUGUGUUCAUUAUGGUAGAAUUCCAGUUUAUUUAAUUAAGUUGUUUGCCAUGUUACGUUUAUUGUUUGAUCUGAACUUGUUAGUAUUAAAAAAACAUUCCAUUGAAUUAUAUAAUAUGUCAUUAUAUUAGAUGAUCAAUAAAGGUCAGUAUAAAAAAA